AUGUCCAUUCUUGCACUUCCUCCUUCACUUCUUCGCUCCCUGGCGCUCCUGUUGUGCCAGGGCUCGAGCUUGAGCCGCCACAACCUCCGCGUUAUCAAACGUGUGCUUCCCAUCUUCGCUGAGGUCAUCGCCAUGGCCAGCACCGAUGAAUGUGGCAAUCUCCUUGUAAGUGACGUGCUGCCUGUGGCGCAUGUCCCGGAUGACGGCGCGUUGGUGCGUCUUUGGGAUGGGUUCGUGCGGAAACGUUCUUGAACGGUCGACGUACGGUGGUGUCAUAUAUGAGAGACCGAAUAUUGUUGCGAGCGUGGGUGGACCUCUAAAACAUAACAACACGGCCUUGGCGACUGCGGAUCUGGCACGCACCAGAUGUCAACGGCUUCAAGGCUAUCACGGCAGUGCUUUCCUUUGUUGCAGGGUCGCGGUGCAAUAGGUCUUGCUCACUGCCGAUAGCUUGAGCAGUUGAGCAGGCCGUUGGCAUCUAUGGCGAGACGCUCAGGUCCAGAAAGUCAUGCGUACAGACUGACGGAUGCAGAAUCGGAACGAUGUGGUGGAUAUACUACGGCCAUGCUACGUCAACGCAGUACACGAACUUGAAUGAUCAGGCACUCACCAAC